UUUUUUCUAUCCCUGAUCAAAUCUAAUUUGUCAGCAGCUGUGGAGAUUGGAUUGAGUUGAUAAAGUGACUUAAUUUUCUACAGUUGACUUUUCUUUGGUCUAACCUUUAAAAUAAAGCCCUGAGGUCAAAGCUUUGAUUUUUGUUUAAAGAUAAUACAAUGUUCCCAAUUAAUGGGUGGAGAAUAURUUUUGCAAUUUAUUUAUAAACACUUGAAUUGUUUGAAAAUUAUGACUGUGGCUUACAUAAAAACUAAUUAUUUUACACUAAAUUAUGAGAAUCCGUAUAACAACUGAAAAACUUCCUGCUUCAAACCUAAAUACUGCGCCUAUAUAGGGUUAAAAUGGUUAUAUAUAUAUAUGGACAGAUCCAAGCGAGACUGAGUCUGAUUCAGUGCACUGAUUGAUUCGAGUGAGAUUAGCGCGUUUGACGUCAGAAACCGCAAACAAAUGAUGCUAUAAAAAGAGUAAACCUGUCCGCUAAAAAAACGUGAAAGACCUCCCAGCACAGAGAGCCGCAAACACUUUCACYUCCGCUACAGCUGACCGUCGAUCUUAAAGCCURAAGAUGCCUCUUUCUAGCAGCUCCACGUCCUCCRCCAAGAGCAUCCGCAGAGCCGCGUCCGAGCUGGAGAGGUCGGAUUCCAUCACGUUAUGUUUUAGGGUUUACCUCGAAUGCAUUGCUGUCCCAAUGCGCAUUUGGAGAUGUAAAGCGCUCCCGUCCAAUACCCAAAGACAAGUCCAAAAAUCUCAGAGGUUCAUCGGAAGACGGCAGAGUUUGAUCGAGGAUGCGCGGAAGGAGAGAGAAGCUGCCGCGGCAGCGGCGGAAGCAGCGGAGGCCACCGAGCAGAUCGUGUUUGAGGAGGAGGACGGAAAAGCGCUGCUGAACAUCUUCUUCACUUUGAGGAACUCGAAAGCACCUGCGCUGUCCAAGACACUUAAAGUCUUCGAGACAUUUGAAGCCAAAAUUCACCACUUGGAAACUCGACCAUCCAGAAAGUUGAGGGAGAACCUCGAGGGUUUGGAGUACUUUGUGCGCUGUGAGCUGCACCUCUCAGACGUCAGUACUCUGGUCAGCUCUAUCAAGAGAAAUGCAGAGGAUGUCAAAACCACCAAAGAAGUCAAAUUUCACUGGUUCCCAAAGAAAAUAGCAGAUCUGGAUAGAUGCCAUCAUCUGGUCACAAAAUUUGAUCCAGACCUAGAUGAAGAUCACCCUGGAUACAGAGACCCAGCCUACAGAGACAGAAGAAAACUGAUCGGGGACAUUGCCUUCACAUACAAACACGGGCAACCGAUUCCCAGAGUGGAGUACACAGAAGAGGAGAUUAGCACAUGGCGUCAAGUCUAUUCGACCCUUAGAGACUUGUACAUCACCCACGCCUGCAAAGAACACCUCGAGGCCUUUCGUCUGCUGGAGAAGCACUGCGGCUACAGUCCAGACAACAUUCCCCAGUUGGAAGACGUGUCACGCUUCCUUAAAGAACGCACAGGGUUUCAGCUGCGUCCGGUGGCAGGUCUGCUCUCAGCCAGAGACUUUCUGGCAAGUCUGGCAUAUCGCGUGUUCCAGUGCACCCAGUACAUCCGACAUGCCUCUUCCCCCAAUCACUCCCCAGAACCGGACUGCGUCCAUGAACUCUUGGGCCACGUCCCCAUGUUGGCUGAUCGCACUUUUGCCCAGUUUUCACAGAACCUUGGUCUGGCAUCACUAGGGGCAUCAGAUGAAGACAUAGAGAAACUAUCUACACUGUACUGGUUUACAGUCGAAUAUGGUCUCUGUAAGCAAAACGGUGAGGUUAAGGCUUAUGGGGCUGGGCUGCUUUCUUCCUAUGGAGAGCUUGUGCAUUCUCUCUCUGAUGAACCCGAGGUGCGGGAGUUUAAUCCAGAGGCUGCAGCGUUGCAGCCCUAUCAAGACCAGACCUACCAGCCAGUCUAUUUUGUUUCAGAGAGCUUUCCAGAUGCCAAGGAGAAGUUCAGAACAUACGUAGCAGGCAUCAAGCGGCCCUUCUCGGUGAGGUACGAUCCGUACACAUGCAGCGUCGAGGUCCUGGACAAUCCUCUGAAGAUCCAAGGCGGUCUGGAGGGUGUGAAAGACGAGAUCAAGAUGCUGACCGAUGCCCUCGCCGUUUUGUCAUGACAGCCUCUGUUGGUUGUUUGCCUUCUCUACGCUGAGCUCUUCAGUGCCCAAAGUGUGAUGAGACUAACGUGCGUGUCUUUAUGUGCCGUAAAUCCAAUACGAUGUUGAGUUGUUGCAGUGUGUGUGUGUGUGUGCGUGUGUGUGUGUAGGGAAAGGGCCAAUAAUGUUGAUCACUUCCCCCAGAGUGAAUGCAUUUGUGGAAUAAUGUACUGUUGUUGUACUUGACUGGACAAAAUUCACGCUUUAAUAUGUAAAAGUGUUCACAUGUACUAACACUGGAGCCACAAUCAAAGAGAGUUGUAUUUCUGAAUGUAUUCAAAGAAAAUGAAAUAAAUAAUAUAAAUUAUUUUAAAAUCAAAGAAAUGUAGCAGUUUAGUGGAGAUUGUAUUCCAAAGUGUAUAUUUUAGUCCUGUUUUACAAAAAAAAUAUAUAUAUUUAAAUAUAUUGUGCUUCUUAAAUGAUUUAUUUUUCUGCAUUAAA